UCAUCAAUAUUUAUGUAUUCUUAAACAUAAAUAAAUAAAUGAAAAUAGAAAUAAUUACAGUAGAAAGAUCAAUAAAUUCGAUAAAUUAAUAUAUUAAGCAUACAAAUAACUAAUUUGCUCUUUCUGACUGACUAAGGCUAAGGCGAUGGUGAACCAAGAAGAUUUUAUUGAUGCCAAAAAAUCUGCGUCUACUAGAGGUCCUCGGAUUAGAAAACGAUUCCCUUGUACUUGUCCAUGCUGUAAAGAUGGCGUAAAACUUUUUUUUGAUGGCCAAAGAAAACACUUAUGUCAUUACCCUGACUGUGGCAGAGUGUUUAUAAAAAAAAAUCAUUUAGUGGUACAUUUAAGGUCACAUUCGGGAGAAAAGCCUUAUACUUGUAAUUUCAAGUUAUGUGGUAAAAGAUUUUCACGCUCCGAUGAACUUUCUCGACACAAGAGAAUACACUCUGGUGAGAAGAUCCACAAAUGCCCUGAAUGUCCUAAAUCUUUCACUCGUUCGGAUCACUUAACAAAGCAUAUUAGGAUACAUGCUACCAAACCAGAGGAAUUAGAGGAGCCAGAAAUAAUUUAUAUUAAAUCAGAGCCAAAGAAUGAAGAAAAUGACAUAUUUAUAAUGGAAGAAGAUAGACUAGAGUAGAAUAAUUUUAUUAAAAUUAUUUCCUUAAAUGACUAAGUAGAAAAGAUUUUAAAAUUAUAUAUUAAAUGAAAUGGCAAGUUACUACUAAUUAUGUAUUAAAGAUUUUUUAAUAUAUUAUUACUUAGCAAAGUAAAUGCUAAAUUGUAUAUAAUAACUUUAAAAAUGUUACAAUUAAUAAUAAAUAGAAGAUGUAAAUGGCUACAAAAACAUUCCUAGAAAAUUAAAUAAAUAUUUAGAGUUUAAAAUGGAUUUUCUGUUUGUCUAUAUGUUCCUAUUGUUUACCAUUGUUCGGUUUGACUAGAAUCAAAAGAGAAACGAAUAUAAGAAUAUAAUAUGUUUUUUUUAAGUCUAAGCAAAAUUUUAUAAACAUGUUUCGAAUAGCUAGAUUUUUUUUAAAUUUUUAUUCGGUUGUCUACUAUAUUUCCCCCAUUUGUCAAUAAAUAUUUUUUCUCCAUAUAAGAAAUAGGGUUGAAUGAGAUAAAAAAACAACCUUUUUUUGCUAAUUGGAGUUUUUCUGGUCAUCUAAAAUAUAUGAUUGUCAAAAAAAAUGUCUUCGAAAUUCCUGAACAGUCGCGUGUUACAAAAUAGACAUUCUCACUUAAUUAUUUUUGUUUUUUUUUCAAUAUGUGUUGGUGACGUUUUCUUCUUCGAUUGGGUACACUCAGUACUAAAAAAAAGGGGUCCUCACGGCAGAUGUGAAACAUUGAAAUUGAUUGU